GAACUUUACCACAAUAGCAUUGUGUUAAUAACCUCCAUUAGCCGAAUCAAUCCCUAGUUAACUAAACAUGUCUCACCUCACGGAAGCUGAGAAAUUGAUGGUCUACCUGUCAGAAAAAGAAAACCCAAACUAUGUAGAAACCCUAACCGAUCUACCGUUUGAGGGGAUCGCAUUGAAAACCCUGGAAGUGGUCGCAGAAGAUGUGGGCCAACCAUUGAACAAGUCCCAAACCAUCAAAUGCAUAUCCAGCCUCGGUCUAAACUACGCUGCACAACUCAGGUCAUCAAUUGCGGAUGUCAAAACACAAUGGGCACAAGCUCUCCGAGAUCAAGAAGAGGCUCUCAAAGUGACAGAAAGUAAACGACAGCGCCGGGAACAAUUGGAACAAGAAGCAAGCGACCUGACUGGAGAACUGGAGAGCGCUAAAACUAACCUAAUACAACAGGAAAUGUCCCUCAAACAGGCCCUCAAAGCAAAAGCAAUGGAACAGAACCGACGAGAAGAAAGAGAACAGGAAGCCAGCAGUUUAGCCGAAGAACUAGAAGACGCUAAGACUCAGCUAACGCAACAAGAAAGAUCCCUCAAAGAUGCCCUCGAAGCAGAAGAAAGAGAACAGGAAACCAGCGACCUAGUCGAAGAACUGGAAAAAGCUAAAACACACCUAACGGAACAGGAAACGCAGCUAAUACGACAGGAAUUGACCUUCAAAGAUGCCCUCGAAGCGAAAGAAGGAGCUAACCGAAGCUAUGCCUCCGUCACACUUGAAGAUGAAGCGCCCGGCAAAGGAUCGCUGGACACGAGUGCAGAACUCUGCCUAAUUGCACCCACCUUGGCCGCCCAGCUAAAAGGAAUAGCUAGCUCACACAGAAGAUGGAUUAACAGUGAAGAUAGCGAAUUCAACAUCACAGGCUUCACCCAAAACAAAGCUCCAUUCACAGAGACUCUGUACUUGAAGCAAACACUUGGGGAAAUGCACCUAAUCCACCACAUCCAUGUCUCUUCGCUUGAGACCGAAAAACUGCUGAUUGGACACAAUCUACUCAACAGAAAGGAACCCCUCCUUGACUUCAACCAAAACCAGAUGUGGACCCACGUCAAGAAGCCUUAUCCACUGCCUCACCCUGAAGUCCAGAACACAGUCUUCACAGUGGAAGGGGGGGGACAUCCCACGUCUGAUCCACAUCUCUCAGAAGAGGACCCGAUCCAUGGGUUAGAUGGCCACUCCAGACCGCCCCAGAGCUACGCCACUCAACCAUCAAGAAAAAAGGGUCGAAAAGAAUUAGCAAAACGCCAUGACCGUCGGAUGCCAGCAGAAACCCACCUGCGACGAGAAGCGUCACAGGCCCAAAAGAAGUCACAUGAUGCAAACUGGAUGAGAGGGCAGAAAGUAGGAAGACCUACUUUGGUCGACAAGUAUCCCAGAAGAAGCACCCCAGCUGUGACGAAGUGGCACAACCCCCGGAAGAGACCACCGCUACUCGCGGACAACAAGCCAGGCACAGAGCCCUACCCUGGCUUCGAAACAGAAGUGAUACAACAGCUGGGAAAAGCUGAUGCCUUGGAAGAGGACACACAGAGACAACAGCUGAGACAGCUGUUCUACAAGCACAGUGCAAUCUUCUCCAAGGAUUCCUUGAAUUGUGGAGCAACAGACAUCCACACUGUUCGCAUCCCCACGGAUCCAAACGCGGCCCCAACGUUUGUACGGCAGUACAAAAUCCCACUGGCUGCUUACAACUCAGUACAAGAAAUCAUCGACUCACUGUUACAAAAACAGAUCAUCAGAGAAUGCAAUAGCACCUACAACGCCCCCCUGUGGCCGGUGCUCAAGCCUACUGGAAAAUGGAGGCUCACCAUUGACUAUCGACAACUCAACAAGCAAGUCCCGUUGUCACGAUGGCCAAUGAUCCAUCUUGACCAAGAAUUGGCCAAGAUCUCUCAAGCACAAUACUUCUCAACAGUUGAUGUUGCCAACGGGUUCUGGACAAUGAAAGUGGACCCAGGAGACCCACACAAACUGGCCUUCUCGUUCGCAAACCGCCAAUUCACUUUCAACAAAUGCCCCUUCGGCUACUCCAACUCACCCGCAGAGUCCAAUAUCUUCUUGCACAAGGCAAUGCCUGACGCAGCCACCAGAGGCAACCUAAUCUGCGUGGAUGACGUCCUGAUGCGAAGCCAGUCAUGGUCAGACCACCUUCAGAAAAUUGACCAUGCCCUCUCACAACUCUCCCAAGCAGGAGCAAAGCUUGCCCUGUCGAAAGGACAAUGGGGGAGGAAAAAGGUGAACUACGUUGGUCUCCUAGUAGGACCCAAUGGGAUCGAGCCCCAAUCAACCAGAAUUGAAGCGAUACAGAACAUAAAAACGCCGGCAGACAUAUCGGAACUACGAAGCUUCCUAGGAAUCUGCAACUACUCAAGGCAAUUCAUUGAGAACUAUGCAGACAUCUCCAAACCCCUAAAAUCACUCCUCCAAAAAGAAACAAACUUCCACUGGAGUGAACAACACAGCGCGGCGAUGACGGAACUCAAACACCGGCUGUGCACUGCUCCAUGUCUGGCCUACCCCAACAAAGACAAGGAGUACCACUUGGAGGCUGGAUUUUCCAAACACUGCAUGAGUGCAGGUUUAUACCAAAUCUAUGAUAAAGACAAACGUAUCGUCGCCUACGCAAGCAAAAAUCUCAGCAUGGUGGAAGACAAGUUCUCAGACUGCGAGAAAGCGUUGCUGUCCACGGUGUGGGCAGUAGAACAUUACCAGAACUAUGUUGGAGGGCAGAAGAUAAUCAUCGAAACAUGCCACCAACCGGUCACCUUCCUCAACAGCCAAAGACUACGUGAAGGAAGGGUUUCCAACAGCCGAAUAGCCACCUGGAUGAUGGCCUUCCAAGGCUAUGACGUCGAAGUCAAGUAUGGACAAAACAACAAAAUGUCCCUAGGCCAAGGCCUGGCUACGUGCCAACAUUGUGUCAGGGAGGACACCUCCGUGGAAUCGCCAACAAUCACCGCUGCACCUCCUAUACCAAACAGGAGAUGCCGCCGUCGCAACAGCCUACACUGCACAUCAAUACGUGACAGAUCUACGCAAUCACCUCAAAGAAACCUUUGCGUUUGCCCAACACCACCUGGAGAAAAGUGCCGAGGGUAGGAACGCAUUCUACGACCUUAAAGCAUCCCAAAAAGAACUCCUGACGGGAGACAAGGUGUGGUACUACAACUUCACCAAACCGGUUGGGGUCUCAAAGAAGUUCCUCCCAAAUUGGUCAGGCCCCUAUGAGAUUGUAGACAAACUCUCACCAGUGGCCUACCGCAUAAAAAUUAAAAAGGGGCAACACACCCCGCACCUCAAAUGGGUCCACUGCAAUCAAAUAAAAUUGCACACCCCUCUAAAAAACAUAGCAGACCCAAUUCUAAUUACUAACUAAUACAAUUGGAUAAGCUACAAGUUUCUAACGAGGAACUCCUUACAGCUGGACAUCCCAUAAACAAACUACCUAAGCCCUCACCCAUGAAGUCCAAGACUCCAGGAAGUCACACACUCCCACUUCUUUUUUUUUAUUUUAUUUUUUAUUUUAUUUUUAUUAUUAUUCUUUCCUCUAUUAAUUUUCUUCUUCCUUUCAUUUUUAGCAUAGGACCUUAACCUAGAGAAACUUAUUAAUAGGACCCAAGUUAGUCCCAUUGAUUCCUGCCUUGUUUAGAGUCCACUCAUGCCAAUGUGUCCAGUAGAAAUGCUGUCGUACUGUCGUGUUUGUCUUUUCUCUGCUCUUCUUACGUGCCAACAGCCCAACGACGUCGAGUCAUCGGACGUUGCCAGCAGGGGGAUAUGUAGCAGAGAGUCAACAGACAAAGCUUGGUACCAUCCACACCUUUCCCCUACCCCCGAAAAGGGGGAAGGGUUACUUCCCUUUUGUCCUUAUCUCCCAGAAGAUGCUUCAAAGCCUGACCCAGCAUGGGGUCAGGAACAGAGACCACAUGGUCACACAGUAUCAGACAA